AUGACAUUCCACAACCAGAGCGGGGACUGUCAACAGUCUUAUAGCAUGAACCAAUACUAUGGACGCCAAAUACCUGCACUGCACAUUGAUCCUGUGCAGACGCAGCAGAGCACGUUCUCCCAACAACCACGGAGUGCACAUAGUGUACGGAGCCAAAGAUCUAGCUCAUCAGCCUCCUUACAUACUCCGAGAACUGCAUCACAUAUGAGAGGUUUCGAUCGUAUGAAUCAUCGUCAGACCAAUCUCUCUCCAUUAGAGAAUGGUAUUGGAUCCCAUACGCCGAGGGAUUUUGACCUUCUCGAUCCAAACUAUGCCCGGCCCUAUCAUGGCUCGACUGCAGGUAAAGGACCGGAGCCAGCGUGGAGUCCAUACAAUCUGAGGCUUUCUCAGUCUGGUAGCUCUCAUGGUCUUUCUCCUCGAUCGAGUGUGAAUUUCCAGUUCCCAUGGGGUCCAGGAUCCGAUAUUGAUAGUCAGGCUGUGCCAUCUGACGAGGGUUACUUCUCGCGGAACACCAAGUCUGUCAUAAGCAAUGAGCCUGAUCAUGUUAAUCAGGAACUAUCGGCAAGUUUCAUGUCCCCUUUUAACAAUAUGCAUGUCGAGUCUGCCACAAGCGAGGCUCCUACCAUGUCACGGAUGCCUUCAGAUCAACGAUCCCACGUCAGCAGUCGUAGUGAGAGGUCGAGGUCAAAGAAAGACUUCCCAUGUCACGAGUGCCUAGAAGUACUCAAAUGUAACUCAGAGUUCAAGAAACACAUGCUCAAACACAGCAAACCCUUCAAGUGUGACGUACCCGGCUGCAAAAGAGUAGAAGGAUUCACAACUACGAAUGAUCUUGAGCGGCAUCAGAAAAGCCUACAUCGGAAGGACAUUGAUAAGAAGUCUUAUCAGUGUGCUGUAGAGGACUGUAGGAACAAAGAGAAGAUAUGGCCGCGCCUAGACAACUUCAAGCAGCAUGUCGAGAGGAUGCACAAAGAAGAGAACGUGCACGAUCUCGUAGAAAGAUCGAUAUGGCGUCCGAAGGCAGUCGACUCUCCCACAGAGGAUAAAACGAUCGUCACACCCCUGGACAUUGGGUCAACAGUAGCUGGCAUGGAGGUCCCUUUCUUGAUAAGCCCAACAAUGGGCCUGAUAGACUUUCCCCCGAUACAGGAUUCUACAUACCUAUCUUCGCCAAGCCAGGACUCCGAGUUUGUACCAAACUCACAGCCACUAUCUCGGCUCUCUGGAUUUGGGCCUACUUCCGUACCUCAUAACACUCGCAUUCAGAAAGUGCCGAAGAUGAAUCGUUCUCGGCACAAUGCACCAGGACUCUCCGCGCAGCGAAUACAGGCUCCUCUCUCCACUACCAAGACAGCUCAUGGCGCGUCUGGAAGUAACCAUUUCAAGAUUCGAAAACCCUCACAUGGUUCUUCUCUAUCAAAUGCGCCGCAGACUAAGGCUGAGCAGCAAGCAUCGGAGCUCAAGAGAAAGUCUGAACAGCGCUUGCAUUCCCCAGAGCCUGUGGACGUUGAGAGUCGCAUACUAGAGUUGAUACAAAAAGCCAAUCGUGACGAUAUGUCCAAGAGGCCGUCGAAGUCUGAGAAGAAUGACGCAUUGUUAAAGAUGAUGGCUGAGCUUGUCAAUAAAGGCCCAGGAUCCCCCGACGCAGAACAACGUCGCAGCAGCAAGAGUUCUUCAGUCAAUGACAAAAUAUGUCCGAUGCCUGGCUGCGAAUUUGCGGUCGCUCGUGAAUGCGAUCUGCGUAAGCACAUCAAGCGACAUAACAGGCCCUAUGGAUGCACAUAUCCUAAGUGCCACAAACGCUUUGGCGCAAAGUCAGAUUGGAAACGUCACGAGAACAGUCAGCAUUUCCAGCAGGAAGCCUUCCGCUGCGAUCAAGAACUGCACACAGGUCAAGUCUGUGGUGUGCAUCUGUACCGCGAAGGAGCGUUCAAGAACCAUUUAGAGACGCAGCAUAAGAUGGCGUGUGAGGUUGCUCAAGAGCAUGUAAAUCUCCGGAGAAUUGGCAAGAAUUGCCAAGGUACUUUCUGGUGUGGCCUAUGCAAAGAUGUUGUGCCGCUCAAAGAGCGACGCAAUGCAGCUUGGGAUGAGCGGUUCGAUCAUAUCGCGCGUCACUUCGAGAAGGAGAGGAGAAGUAUCGAUGAUUGGAUCUGCGCUGAAGAGAACCGAGCGAAGAAAGAGCUACUGGAAGAGAAGAAGAAACGGAGCUACUUUGACGAUGACGAUGAGGGGGAAAGGGACGGCGACGUGGAUGCUACCGGGGACGUUGAUGACGAUGUUCCACAGCCACGACCGCCGCCUCCUCUUCCAAAGAACAUGCCCAGCAUGCCAAUGUCAAGCCAUGCAACAAUGCGACACUCACCACUUGCAGGAGAUAUCGCUCUAGGAACUCCAAUAAAACGACAGCGUUCAGAAGAUUCGGCACAUGGCGAGCGACAUCCAAAGCGAAGACAAACGACUAUGGUAACGAAUCGCUAUUGUUGCGGAUGUCAAAGCCCUUGCGGUGUUGUAGAUGUUGCUUGCGCCAACUGCUCACAUCGCGUAUGCGCCAAUUGCAGCGUUGAAGAGACGGAGGCUUUCAUGAUGGAUUUCUUUUGCGGGGACUAG